AUGGUGCACAUGACCGAGGUUCUGGAUAUCUUGAAGAAUCCUCAGCUCUUCCACCUACGUGAUCAAGAAGAGAAUCCAGAAACCAUCCCCAUAAGAAAUGCGGGGGCUCCGAAAGCUUCUCAUCAAACGUUUAGUCAUUUUCAGUAUCUUUCAGUGACUGGGCCUCACCCAGCUCUGAGCCAAAUCCAGGAGCUCUGCUGCCUGUGGCUGCAGCCAGGGACCCACACCAAGGAGGAGACGAUGGAGCGACUGGUGCUGGAACAGUUUCUGAACACCCUGCCGGAGGCGGUGCGGACGUGGGUGAGGUCCAGACAGCCCAAGAACAGCAAGGAGGCAGCAGCCCUGGUGGCCAGUUUGAUGCAAGCGUGUGGGGAGAAAGGUUUCCCUGCUCAGGACUUCGUCCUUGCCGAAGAGAGGAACACCAGAGAACAAAGGAAGGACACAGAGAUGUCUGAAAACCCCUUGUCUGCUGGACCCCAGGAGCUGGUAACUUUCCAGGAUGUGGCUGUGGACUUCAGCCCAGAGGAACUGACCUAUCUUAGUGCUGCUCAAAGGAACCUAUACCGGGAGGUGAUGCUGGAGAAUUACAGGAACCUGGUCUCCUUAGGGUACAAGUUCUCUAAACCCGACAUUAUCUCACAGCUGGAGGAGGAGGAGUCACGUGUGAGGGAGGAAGGCAGCGGCUCAGAGAUGCAUCAAGAUGGGGAGGAAAGACCUAAAACCAAAGAUCUAACUCCAGAGCAAAGCCUGCCCGCGGAAAAGCCCUCCUUGGGGGUGGGAAUGGAGGAUUUGGAGGUGGGUAACCUCUGCAGCAUCCGCGAGGGGGCGUCUUCUCCUGAUGACCCAUCAGACUUGUGCCAGGUCCACCAGGAGAAACUUUCAAGUCCUGUAAUGACGAGCGAGCCCCAGACCCUCACUCAGGAAAGAGGCCGUGAUGGUGGCGGUUUUGAAAGAAGCUCAGAUCUCACUAAACAGUCAGAAGUUCCUCCAGCACAGGACUCCCCGGACUGUGCAGCUCCUGGAAUCUACACCAGCACCCAGACCGUGGCUGAUGAGCCUUUGCUCCAAAAGAACAGAGACAACAGAUGCAGAUUUUGCAAACGAACUUUUAUCACCCAGAGAGGUCGUGAGAGACAUGAGCAGUUGCAUUCUGGGAAGAAACCCUUUGAAUGUAAACAGUAUGGAGAAGGCUUCAACCUCAUGCCGCCCCUCACCAGACGUCAGAAGAGUCAUUCCGGUGAGAAGUCCCGUGGACGCAGUGAAGGUGAGAAGUCUUUCAACCGGCAAACAGACAGCUGUGGCCGUGUGAGAAUUCAGGGUCAGAAAGACUACUUGGAGUGUUUCCAGUGUGGCAGAGCCUUUAUCCAGGAUACACAUCUUUUCCAACAUCUCAGAGCCCACGAGGCAGCCAAAGCCCUUCCUCCUGAGGUGCCCCGGGCUAAGACGUAUUUAAUUCGCUAUCAGCGGAAACAUGGCUAUGUUGGAGAGAGGGCCUGUCAGUGUUGUGACUGUGGCAGAGCCUUCAGCAAGAGUUCAUAUCUCAUUCAACACUAUCGAAUUCACGCUCAAGAGAGGCCUUACCAGUGUAAGCUGUGCGGGAAGUGUUUCAGCCGACCCUCCUACCUCACUCAACAUUAUCAGCUCCAUUCUCUAGAGAAAGCCAACGGGUGCAAUUCCCACUGA